CAAAAAUCAGCCAAUGAAACCCGGUUAGUGAAUCGGGUCAGUUCCUGUCUCCUUCACACUACUCUCUGAAACCUUAAACCUUAAACCCUACACAUUCAAUUUUUAAUUUUCUUGAUAGUUUUUUGUUUUAAAUUAUUAAAUACAAACGUGCAAGGACACAAAUGCAUACAUGAAGAUUCUAUUAAGAAACCCAGCAGGAACAAAAUUACGCAAUGCAUUUAAAUUCUGGAAUAAAUUUAGCAAUCCCAGGAAGUGGAUUUCCAUUAGUAACGGACCCACGUCGGAAUUGGACGGUAAAAUCUCUUCCUGUAAGGACAUUGAUGAUGAUGAAAACUGGAGACGAAACGACGCAGUACGACAACGAGUUGACGAGGUGUGUAAAAUAUUGGAAAAUGGUACCUGGGGACCUGAUGUUGAGAAUGCACUCUCCAUGUUUGAUGAAAGUCCUCAACCAGAAUUCGUUAUCUGCGUGUUAAGGAGAGUGAAAAAUGUUAAUCAAGCAAUUAGUUAUUUUAGAUGGGCUGAAAGAAAAACCGACGAGACUCUAUGCCCGGAAGCUUAUAAUUCGCUUCUUAUGGUAAUGGCGAAAAUGAAGAGGUUUGAUUAUUUUGAGCAAAUUAUUGAGGAAAUGAGUAUUGCAGGAUUUGGGCCUUCGCCAAAGGCUUGCGUUGAGUUAAUUUUGAGCUGUGUGAAGUCGAAUAAGCUUAAAGAAGGGUUUGAUUUGAUUCAAUGUUUGAGGAAAUUCAAGUUUCGGCCUGCCUUUUCUGCUUAUACGACUCUGAUUGGCGCCCUGUCUGCAGUUCAAGAACCGGACCUUAUGCUUACUUUAUUUCAUCAAAUGCAGGAAUUGGGUUAUGAAGUAAGCACACAUUUGUUUACAACUGUGAUUCGUGUGUUUGCUAGAGAAGGUCGUCUUGACGCUGCCCUUGCACUGUUGGAUGAGAUGAAAAGUAACUGUCUUCAUGCUGAUAUUGUUCUUUAUAAUGUCUGUAUAGAUUGCUUUGGUAAGGUGGGUAAGGUGGAUAUGGCUUGGAAAUUCUUUCAUGAGAUUAAAUCACAUGGUUUAUUUCCUGAUGAUGUGACUUAUACUAGCAUGAUUAGUGUUCUCUGCAAAGCUAAUAGACUUGAUGAAGCAGUGGAAAUAUUUGAGCAGAUGGAAAAAAACAGAAAAGUCCCAUGUGCAUAUGCUUACAACACCAUGAUCAUGGGCUAUGGAUUAUCUGGGAAGUUUGACAAGGUAUAUAGUUUACUGGAGAGACAAAAAGCUAGAGGGUGCAUUCCUAGUGUUAUAGCAUAUAAUUGCAUCCUGACAUGCCUUGGUAAAAGGGGAAGACUGGAGGAGGCAUUGAAAACUUUUGAGGAAAUGAAGAAGGAUGCAGCGCCCAAUCUUUCUACGUAUAAUAUUCUAAUUGAUAUGCUAUGCAAAGCAGGAGAAGUUGAAGCUGCUUUCAAGGUUCGAGAUGCAAUGGAAGCAGCUGGCUUGUUUCCUAAUGUCAUGACUGUAAACAUAAUGAUUGAUAGACUAUGUAAAGCCAAAAGACUUAAUGAGGCGUGCUCUUUAUUCGAAGGAAUGAAUCAUAGAAUUUGUUCCCCGGAUGAGGUUACAUUCUGUUCACUUAUAGAUGGUUUAGGCAAACAAGGUAAAGUUGAUGAUGCAUACGGGCUUUUUGAACGGAUGUUGGAUUCUGAUAAAGUCCCAACCGCCAUUGUGUAUACAUCCCUCAUAAAAAACUUCUUCAAGUGUGGACGGAAGGAGGAUGGCCACAAGAUAUACAAGGAAAUGAUCCACAGGGGCUGUACUCCUGAUCUCAUGCUUCUCAAUAUCUACAUGGAUUGUACUUUUAAAGCUGGUGAAACUGAGAAAGGAAGAGCUAUAUUCGAGGAAAUAAAAUCUCGAGGAUUUGUUCCAGAUGUUAUGAGUUAUUCGAUCCUAAUUCAUGGCCUGGUGAAAGCUGGUUUUGCACGAGAAACAUAUAACCUGUUCUAUGCAAUGAAGGAUCAAGGCUGUAUUCUGGAUACUCGUGCUUAUAACACUGUUAUUGACGGGUUCUGCAAGUCAGGUAAGGUCGAUAAAGCAUAUCAUUUGCUGGAGGAAAUGAAGACAAAGGGCCACCAACCAACUGUUUUUACCUAUGGCUCUGUGAUUGACGGUCUUGCCAAAAUUGAUAGGCUAGAUGAAGCGUAUGCGCUGUUUGAAGAAGCCAAGUCGAAUGGAUUAGAGCUCAAUGUUGUCAUCUAUAGCAGUCUCAUUAACGGGUUUGGAAAAGUAACAAGGAUCGAUGAGGCUUAUCUAAUCAUGGAAGAGUUGAUGCAGAAAGGUUUAACACCUAAUGUGUACACAUGGAAUUGCUUGCUUGAUGCCUUGGUGAAAGCAGAGGAAAUUAGUGAAGCCCUUGUUUGCUUCCAGAAUAUGAAAAAUUUGAAAUGCACUCCAAAUCAGAUCACGUUCAGCAUUCUCAUAAAUGGUCUCUGCCGGAUUAGAAAAUUUAACAAGGCCUUUGUGUUUUGGCAAGAGAUGCAGAAGCAAGGGUUAAUACCCAAUGUUAUCACUUACACCACUAUGAUUGCAGGACUUGCAAAGGCUGGGAACAUUGCAGAAGCUAGUUCGCUCUUUGAAAGGUUUAAAGCAAGUGGGGGUAUACCUGAUUCUGCUAGUUAUAAUGCUAUCAUUGAAGGCUUAAGUUACUCAAAUAGGGCAAUGGAUGCGUUUAAAGUUUUUGAGGAAACUCGGCGGAGAGGUUGCCAAAUUCAUACUAAAACAUGUAUUGCACUUUUGGAUGCCCUGCAGAAAGCUGAAUGUCUUGAGCAGGCAGCUAUUGUGGGUGCUGUUCUGAGGGAAAUAGCGAAAUCACAACAUGCUGCAAGAUCUUGGUGACAUCAUGUUAUUAUCAGGUACUAUGUGAUGGAUUGAUGUUGCCAAUUUAGUGUUUGAUGCUGUGCAUUCAACUCUUUAUCUUGCCUAUGAUAAAUUUUGUGGCAAGGGACUUUAUUCGUCCAUUACAGACUUCCUCAGUGGGGAUAUAUAGUUGCUGCAUGCAAAGGUAAGCAACUUGAUUCGUCAACUUCACAAGCAUCUCCCUGACAUCAAUGUCGAGAAUCGCUAAAAUCGGCACAAGCAUGUAUGAGUUGGAAUUUACUACAGCAAUUUCACAAAUCCAAUCUGCCUUUGUUUGAUGCAAGUUGGAAUUUACUACAGCAUGUCUCUGUGCUUUGAACUUUUAUCUUUCUGUAAGACGACUCGGAGUGGUAAUGCUGUGAUGACAUGCUAAUGCAAAUGAUACUGCACCGCGAUCAUCUUCUUUUAGCUCACCGAUUCAUCUUCAAGUGUUCCAUAUUCUUGUGCUCUAUGUGGUGUAACAUUUUAUUCUUGUUAUUUAUUAUAAUGUGCUGUAACAUUAUUUUACUAAUAAAUAAUAUUUGAUUUCACACAAUGUUCGAUUAA